CGCCUGCCUCUGACGUAUUAUUCAGUCGCCGGUUUGCGGUGAUUAUCGGGUCAGGUCGGAGGGUUUUUGGAGGACAGUUAAUCAUGGCCCUGAGGGUGAUCCGACUGGUCAUCCCAUCGGGAGCAAAUGCCUUUAAAGCGGCGAACAUUGCACAGAAGGCAGGUGUCCACACAAGCUCAGUGAGAAGCCUACGGUAUGGCUGGUGGUCCUAUGCACUGGGCGAGAGGACGACGCCAAGGUUAAGCCAGUACAGCAAAAUCAUCUCCGUGGAUGGAAACUUGGUCUCAGGGAAAGGCGCUCUGGCACAGAAGCUGGCUGACAAGCUGGGGAUGCUUUACAUGCCGGAGCCUGACACUUUCUACUUGGACAAGAUGACCGGGCAGAAGGAGCCGCUUCCUGUUGACUUCAAUGGGAUGUGCAGCCUGGAGAAGUUCUACACCGACCCCAAAGCUGCUGAUGGAAACAGCUACAGACUACAGCUGUGGAUGUACACCAUGAGGCUGCUUCAGUAUGCCGACGCCAUCGAGCACCUGCUCACCACAGGCCAAGGAGUGAUCCUGGAGCGUUCUCCUUUCAGUGACAUGGUCUUCCUGGAGGCCAUGUUCAAACAGGGAUACAUCAGGAAGGAGUGUGUGCAGCACUACAAUGAGAUCAAAGACAUUAGCAUCUGUGAGUUCCUGCCUCCACACCUCGCCAUCUAUGUUGACCUGCCAGCUGAGGAGGUGCAGAAGAAGUUGAAACAGAGCAGCAAGUCUUAUCUUCAGAAUGUGCCGCUGACAUAUUUGAAGAGUAUAGAGGACAGCUACAAGAAGUCUUUCCUGCCCAAAAUCAGCGAAACAUCAGAACUGCUUGCUUAUGAUGCAACCCAAGCCCAAGAUGUUGAAAGGGUGGCAGAGGACAUUGAGUAUUUGAAAUUUGAAAAAGGGCCGUGGCUGGAGCAGGAUGAUGUCACCUACCACCACAUGAGGAUGCUCGUGGAAGAUAAACAGAAGGUGGCUACCCUGACCCACAUACCAAGAUUUCUGCCAGAGAUAACCAUCGGCGCCCACGAGUUUGAUGAAAAAUACUAUGCUUAUAAAUCGCUCCCUGGGAAGAAGUAUGCCCCUGGUUAUAAUGCAGACGUUGGCGACAAAUACAUCUGGCUGAAGUGAGGCAACAGGCCUGUCACUAAUUCAGCCCUUGUCACUGGCUGAUCAGCUUCCCUGAGUGAACCUGGACCGCUCAUCCAUUAUUGAUCCAGCUGUCUUCUGUUGUACAUCCUAAAUAAUAUGUAUGUAUUAAAAGAAUCACUUUGAAUCCA